CGCAUGGGUCGGCUUAUGUGAGCAUGCAGGCGCAGCGAGUACAAAAGGCUGCGGUCAGGAGGGGGAGACCCAAGCGCCCACUCCCAGUCACUCGUCGGCUCACGUUUCUUUUCCUUUUCUCUUCGUUUCCGCUCUCGUCCGACGGCACGCCCCCGACACGCUAGUCUCUACAUAGAUCUCUCACUCCAGCCCCUCUUUCAUUGACGAGCCCCGCCUCGCCUCUUAUCCACGUCGUUAACGUCCUUCUUACACGUGUUCUCUGCUUGAAUCGCCGGUCGGUUCAGCACUUUCGACUUUGUUCACACUCUCGCCACCCACAACCACUCGUAAACUUCAUCCACACUUGCAUUCACCUCUAUCCACAAUGGCCUCCAACACCUCGAUCGCCAUCACCGUCGCCCAGGCUGUUGCCUUCCUCACGCGCCCCCUCACGGCCACGUACCCGCAGGCGACUGUAGCCCGUCUGCAGACCGUCCUCGAGGCUAGCCUCACGGCGUACUACGCCCCGACGUGGAAUCCCUCGGAGCCGCGCAGCGGUAGCGGUCGUCGCUCCCUCACGCUCUCCCCGGGCUGCCUCCCGCCUCGUUGCAUCUACCAGGCGUGCCUUGACUCGGGCGUCCAGUGGUUCGAUUGGGUCGGCCUCCUCGGCGGUCGCGAGUUCGACCUCUUCGUCGACCCCGGCCUCGUGUCCCUCUCCUUCGGCAAGCGUGGCACCCCAGGCGCCCAGCUCGUCACCGUCUGGGCCGAUCAGCCUACCCUCGCUACCCACCACCGAAAGACGUCCUCCAUGGACUCCGUCCGCCUGCACGCCGCCAACAUGCAGGCCGCGAUUGACGCCCAGCGCAAGACCUUUGCGCAGCGUGUCUCGGAGCGCGACGCGCACGAGGACGAGGAACUGUUCGCGAUGAUCGCGGGCGAGGUCGCUGCCCCCUCGUGGGAGCUGCCCCUCCCGCGCCCGCAGGCUCGCUCGAGCUCGCCGCUCUCGACCCACUCCCGCAGCAGCUCGCGCUCCUCCAACUCGAGCUCUGGCUUCUCCGCUGCAUCUGCAGUUUCGUCCGCGACGAGCUACAUUUCCAGCGCGGCCAGCGGUCGCUCGCAGACCAUGUCUCGCCGCGAGCGUGCCCGCCAGGCGCGUGUCUACGUGGACCACAGCAAGAAGGAUGUUACCCCUUACGAUGGUGGCAAGACCACUGUUCUCACCGGUGGUGUCAUGCUCGGCGGCGGCCCCCGUGCUGCCCGCGCCUGAGUGUUCACAACCGCACACCAUUCGACAUUGACGAUGACUCAAAACGCGCUUCCCAAACGCCUCACUCACGACCAAACGACACUACUCAUACGCUCUACUAAUCUUCUGCAUUCUCAUUGACGCUCACAUUGACACUCGUACUCAACAACUGUAGCCUUAGGUUUCUUAUGGGUUUUGGCCUCUCGUAUACUAUGACUGUAUUUAAUACCCCCUGCUUCGCCGCAUCCCCUACAAUGGAGGCGCUUAGCUGUGUAAUGUACCUGCUUCAUGACCUCCAGUGCUGGCAUUGCUUCACUGUCGUUACCUACUACCCCCACAAACCCAAUAUAUGGCAUGCUUAUUGCCGUCCUUGGACAAAGUUCAGCUGUGUGUUAUACUCCGCGCCUAGCGACUCAAUUGAAGGGGAGUUCACUAAAGCAUUAGGUUCUC